AUGUUUCGGUGCCUGACUUUGGUCGCCACAUGCAUCGGCCUGCAGCUUGUCGACCCUACUGCAUUCGACAUCUCAGACAGCCUACCUCUUGGUCUCCACCAAGCAACCACCAUCCGGCUCAUCAAAUGGGGCCUAGCUGCUUGGACAACUGUCGAAGCCAAUGCGGUACUAAACAGCUGGGCCGAAAACAGGUGGUCAUGGAAGAACGACAAGAGCGAUUGGAACUGGCCAGGUGAGGUGGCAGUCGUCACUGGCGGUUCUGCUGGCAUUGGUGCUUGCGUGGUGAAGAAGCUUGUGUCCCAUGGCACUAAGGUCGCAGUCCUGGACAUCGGGCCAUUGUCAAGCCAUUUCACGGAUGCUGAGCGACCGCUCAUUCGAUACUAUCGGUGCGAUGUCACUUCCAGAGAUGACAUCCACAGAGCGGCAGAAGCUGUCCGUUCUGAUAUGGGUCCACCGUCGAUUCUCAUCAAUAAUGCGGGUAUUGGCAAUGCAUACACCAUCCUUGACAUCCCCACCGAAGCUCUGCGAACCCUUUUCGAAAUCAACCUGAUCAGCCAUUGGAGCACCAUCCAUGAGUUUCUGCCAGACAUGAUUGCCAAAAAGAAAGGGCACAUCAUGAGUGUUGCCAGCCUAGCCUCCUUCGUGGCUCUCGCAGGAGCGGUCGACUACAGCGCUACAAAGGCAGCCCUUCUCGCUCUCCAUGAGGGCCUGACCCAGGAACUGAAACAUCGGUACAAGUGUCCUCAGAUCAAAACAACCAUCGUCCAUCCAGGCUGGACAAAGUCUGCGAUAACGGCUCAUGAAGCGAUCAAGGUUGGGUUAAAGCAGGCUGGUGUUAGUCUAUUGGAGCCCGAGGAUGUCGCUGAUGCCAUGAUUAAGCAGAUUAUUGCUGCGAAAAGCGGACAGAUUGUCCUGGGUCCAGCCAUCUUACCCAAGAUCCGCGCAUUUCCCAUGUGGUUACAGGAGAUUGUUAGAGAUAGCCAAGCCAAUGUGGUCUCUGGAAACGGAUCGACUGCGACAAAGUGAGUCUGUCUAAUCGACUAGGAGACAUGCCUACGGUUACGAAUUUACAUGAGGUCGGAUGUGCUGUUUGGGGGGCCGGAGUAAUGACGUUGAGGGUGGGCAACAGUAAUCGAUGUACAUAUGCAACACCUCCGCGCAGUAUCGAGAUGUGAGCACCGUCUGCG